UCUUUGAGCCACCCAACUUUUUCCAAAAGUACAAGCAUUACAUUGUUCUGACCGCCAGCGCCUCCACGGAAGAAAACCACUUAGAAUGGAUCGGUCUGGUGGAGUCGAAGAUCCGCGUUCUGGUGGGAAACCUGGAGAGGAACGAGUACAUCACCCUGGCUCACGUCAACCCACAGUCCUUCCCGGGUCCAAAGAGAAUCGCAACGAGAACGACUUUGUGUCCAUGUGGUUCAUUGGGAUCAUCUUCAAGAAAGUGGAGAACGCCGAGAGUGUGAACAUUGACCUUACCUACGACAUCCAGUCCUUCACAGACACUGUGUACAGACAAGCCAACAACAUCAACAUGCUGAAGGAUGGGAUGAAGAUUGAAGCGACACACGUGAAGAAGAAACAGCUCCAUCAGUAUCUUCCUCCUGAACUGGUGCAGAAGAAGAAGAGGAGCAUUGCUGAGAUGAACCGUAGCUCCAACGGGGUAGUUCUGCGGAUCUCUCUGGACAGCAGUCACCUGGACAGCUCCAGAGACACAGACUCAGGGACUCCUUUUAGCUCCCCAUUGAGUAAACCCUCUAAGCCUGCGUCUGACACAGAAGACAGCGUCAGUCCUCCCAAGCAGCUUUUUACGGAGGGCUCUCCAGCACCCAGUGCAGCGGCGGCGACGGCUGCUACAGCUGCUACAGCUGCUACAGACCAGGGCAUGUCCAUCCCUGUCAUUGGCUCCAAUCCAGCAGGCAAAGCAAGGCCCGCCUCCCCGCCAGCAAGCAGCUCGGUGGCCACAGCGCUGAGUGGCGAUGUGCAGCCCAACGCCACCAGCAGCCCCAGAGAGGAGCCCAACGGUCUGGAUGACCCCGUCAACGGAGCCCCUGCCAAGAGACCGCACUCGCCCACACAAGAGGACCUGGCCAAGAGGCACAAAGACACAGAGGUGGUGUCAAAUGAUGACUCAGCAUUUAAAGAGCCAUAUCCACCAUCCUCUGACUCCUGCACACAUGGAGAAGGACCCAAUAUUAACCCCCUUUCUGGAUCAAAGGCUAAGCCCAUUCCAACCAUCGAUACCUCAAGAACACAGAGACUUCCCAGCAUGGAGCUGCCAGACGCCUCGCCUCUCCCAGCCAGCAACAGUUGCCGCGUCGUGAAGAAUUCCAUUAAAUUGGCCCUCAACCGCCACAAAACACGUGGCAUCCAAACACGCAGCGCCCCCGUCGGCAGCUCCAUCCCCACCUUGGUGAGCCGAGGGGCCCGACCCGCUGAACGGAGCAACAGCCAAGCGACCCCACUCCCCUCUCUGGAGGAGCAGGCCAAGAGGCUGAAAGAAACAGAAAAGGCCAGAAUACACAUAGCUUGA